GGCGCCUCAAGCGCUGCGAGCUACCGGCCGCACGGAGCCGCGACCGACCCCGGCCGCGCCACAGCCCGGCGCGAAGACGCGGGAGGGGCCACGGGACACCCCUGCCCAAGGCACCGCUGCGUCGGGCUCCGAAAGUACCGCUCAGCACAGCCGCUCGCCCCUGAAGCUGCGCUGCCGGCCCGCCCCGCUAUCCCCUGCCGCCCGCGGGCUCCCCCUACCUGUCCGAGCAGGCGCCAGCGGGCUCUCGCCGCUCUCGCACCGGUCCCCUCGCACCUGCCCGCGGCGGGGCGGCGCGGAGAGCCCGCAGCCUCGGCCAUCUCGCGACGGGGAGCGCCCGGAGCUGAGGCGGCGGGAGGGCGCAGGUGCCUCUUCGCGCACGGGGAGCGCUGCCCUGGCCGGCAGGGACUUGCCACCGAGCCUCGAGGGGCAAACGGGACCAGCCGGACUAGGGCUUGAGGAGAAGGAAGGGGGCAGCCAUGUUUGUUAAGGGCAGCCCUGAGCAAACAAGCUGCUGACGAGAGCUACGCAUGGUUUUUCAGGCGCGCGGGAUGGGAGGGAAGCGUGCCUCAGGACGAGUCGCCUGUGGCUUCCACCUUCGAGGUGGGGGUGGAAGGGGAGCAACCCGAGGAAGCCUCGCAAGGACUGUUGUCAGUCAGUUCGCGCGGCGCGCGGUCGUCCGCUGCUGUGCCGCGCCGCCGCGCUGACAUCAGCGGUGCUCUCACGCUCGCCGCGGCUGAAUGAAGUGCCCUGCCGCCAUCUUGGCUACGGGCAGUCCUGCGAAGGAGGUGGGAGCUGCUGCUGCUGCUCGCCUGCCAUCUUAACCCGGGCGGACACGCCGGAUCGAGAGUGGCUCCGGUCCCGGCAGCGACAGCGAGGCCUUGCGCGGGCCGGGGACGCUGCCAGGCGUUGGUGCGGCCCGGCGGGGAGCGAGGCCAGGCCGCCUUCACCGGCCCUCACCCGGGCGGGACGGGGUAGCGAGACCGCGGGCGAAGUUUCGGGUUGACUAUCAAGAAAUGAAGGUUUGGACUUCAUUUGUUCGACUGCAAAAUCUCCAAGGGCUGUGCUUCAGUGUCAAAUACUUCUCUAAGCAUGACCAUCUUCAAACAACAUGUCCUUACAGUAAAAUAAAACAAAAAAUACACCACAUCCUGGGCUGUUCAGGAAUUAUGUACACACAUGGGACUGUGCUGCCUGGAAUCAUCCUGCCACGGAGAUUCUUUUCCUGCAAGCAGGAAGGAACAAAAAUCCAUUCCAAAAGGAAGCAAAAUACAUCCAUAACAACAUCAGAGCUUUUGUACAAGAAUCUUCUGAAAUCAGAGCAGGAAAACUGGAAUGAAAUUUCAACAAGAUACAAAGCUACAACAAAAAGAAUCAAGGAAAAAUUAGAAGAAUUACACAACAAGUAUACAUUCAGUUCAAGAAGCCCAAGGAUCAGGUUUGGAGCAAAUGUGUACUUUGAAGAGAAUGGCUGCAUAUUUCUUUCAAAAGCAGAUGAUGUAGAUGAAGGAAAUGUUGACAUUUUAUUCAGUACCGAAGAUCUUGGCUUUUCUGAUGCCAUUAUACAACGGAUCAGAAUUUCACCAGAUCAGAAAUACAUGGCCAUCAGCUUAAAAAGUGAAAAUUCUGAAGAGGCAACCUGUGUUGUUACAAAACUUGGUCAUUUUCCUGUUGUGGAAAAAGUAAUUCCAAGUGUAUUUAGUUUUGAAUGGGCAGCAAAUGAUGUUCUGUAUUACACAAAUCAGAGGAACCUUAAGUGCCAGAAUGUGUUUAUGACCACUUUCACUAAUCAGAAACUUACCAAGUUAGUUUAUACAGAACAAGAUGCAAGAUUCUUUGUGGACAUACAUUACACAAAAGACAGGCGUUUUCUCACUAUCAACAGCAACAGCAAGACAACAUCAGAAGUUUGGCUGGUUGAUUGUAGACAUCCUUUUAAGUUACCCGUUCUUGUACAAGCACGAAGAAAAGGGGUCAUUUACCACAUUGAGCACAGAAAUGAUGAGUUAUAUAUUCUUACUACAUAUGGAGAACCUGCAGAAUACAAGUUGAUGAAGGCACCAGUAGCCUCCAGUGGCAUGGAGAACUGGGAGUUAGUAUAUGCACUGGAAAAGAAAACCAAGCUAGUAGACUUGGAGAUGUUCAGUGACUAUUGUAUUAUGUUCCUGAAGAAGGCUGGUCAUCUUUACUUAAAUGUGAUUUCUUUUGUUUCGCAUUCGGUUCAGACAAUAAAGCUACCUACAUGGGCCUCUGAAUUUGAAUUGGAAUCUCAUCCUGAACAUACCUCCAGCACUUGCUAUUUUCAGCUCACCUCCCCAGUACACCCCCCUCAGCGUUUUGCAUAUUCAUUUAAAGAAAAUAAUCUCAUUGAACAAGCUGUGCAAGAGGUACCAAUUAUUACGAAUUGUCACACUACACGCUUACUAGCUAAAAGCAAGGAUGAAACUUUGGUGCCAAUUACAGUUUUUCAUAAUGUGAAUUCUAAAGAGCUGCACGGGAAACCACUUCUCAUUCAUGUAUAUGGAGCUUAUGGCAUAGAUUUGAACAUGAGCUUUAAAGAAGAGAAGCUGAUGUUAAUCGAAGAGGGUUGGAUAUUAGCAUAUUGCCAUGUUAGGGGUGGAGGAGAGCUAGGCCUCAGCUGGCACAAAGAUGGCUGUCAGCAGAAUAAACUCAAAGGUCUCCACGACCUUAAGGCUUGCAUCGUGCUGCUGCACAAACUAGGAUUUUCUCAGCCAAAAUACACAGCAGUAGCAGCUGCUAGUGCUGGAGGAGUUCUUGCAGGAGCCCUGUGCAACACUGAUCCAGAACUUAUCAGAGCUGUGGUUUUACAGGCUCCUUUUGUAGAUGUUCUAAACACAAUGAUGGAAACUCAUCUCCCCCUGACAAUUGAAGAACAGGAAGAAUGGGGAAAUCCAUUAGCAGAUGAAAAAUGUAUGAAGUACAUCAAAAGCUAUUGUCCAUACCAGAAUAUUAAGCCACAGUGUUAUCCUUCAGUUUUUAUCACGGCAUAUGAAAAUGAUCAGCGGGUACCACUAGCAGGAGUUCUACGAUAUGUUCAGAAACUUAGAAAGGCCGCGCUAGAUCAUGCCAGCGGAACAAGAAAGAAAGGAAACUGGAUCCCAAAUAUCAUCUUGGACAUCCGCGCAAGUGGCACUCAUUGUGAUUCAUCUUGGGAGGAGUCACUGAAUGAGGUUGCAAGACACCUUGCUUUUCUGAACAGAGAACUUGAGGAUCCUGCAAAUGGCUAAUAAACACACU